GACUACCGGCGUGUGGCUUCUACCAACAUCAUGGCGUCUAAUGGUGAUCCGAUUAUGCCUGCAGUCCGUAAUUGCUACAACUGCGGUCAACCUGGGCAUAUAUCCAGGUUUUGCCCGCUCCCUGAUCGAAGGCUGAAUGGAGGUCAACCGUCUAACGCUAUUGUUCCUGCGCAGCCCUUGAUGAAUGUGCCGGCGGCUACGAAUGUCGGGACUGCUGUGCCGUAUUACUCUGGUCAGUUUAACGGAGGAGGAAGUGGUAGUGGGCUAGGCAGAAGAGUCAACACUUUGGAAGAGAUUGUUGGAAAAAUUAACAGCAAACACGAGGCAGAUGAGGCGAGGGAGCGAAGAGAACGUGAGGAAGAAGACAAAAAGGAGCGUGAGAGGGAUGAUGAAGAACGAAGACUGAAAGAAAAAAAGGAACGUGAGGAUCUGCAGAAGGAGCUUCAUAAGGAGAUGUCGACUAAGCUUGAUAAAGUCUGUGAGGUGGUCAACGGUAAGAAGGCUGGGGAUGUGAGCGAGAUCGAACAGCUUAAAGCUCAGAAGCAGUGUGAAGUAGCUGAAGCUAAUGCGGAGGUAUGGAGGAACGAGGCCUUACGUUCUGGCAAUAAGCGGGGAAGUGUUGCAAUUUGUCAGACUCCCGGUAGUGCUGCUCGAGUUCGGUCACGGGUGACUCCGGGUGUGUCGCCUUGUCCGGUAGCGAGGGUUGAUCAGCAGCUGAAAGCCAUGGUGGAAAGACAUCAGCAGGAAGUGGAUCUUCUCAAAGAAAUGAGAUUACGUGAAGUCAACGCACGUAAAGAGUCAGAAGAAGAAAUUGAAAGGUUGAAGGAGGCGAUGGCUAAGUUGGAAACUGGCGGAAGAACUCGUGGUACUAAUUUGAGGGCGAAAUUGGACGAUGUCGCGGGACCGUCCACCUGUAAGGACAAGGGGAGGAGCGUUAUGGCUGGAUCGGCAAGUCGGAGGGAUGUGUUUAUUCGAGAGGCACGUAAGCAAUUGAGGAACCUAAGGAAGGAGGAGAUCGUUUCUAUUUGUGAGAAGGAAGGGAUUGAGUACAUGAAGCUCGAUCCUACUAAAAAAGCGAUUGCGCAGGGGAGAGCUGAUCGUGCAUUCGAAGUUGAAGUUGAGAAAGAAAGCGGCAAAGGUAAAGGUAAGGUUGAUGCGGUUGUCGAUGUUCCCGAUGAUGAGGGGGGUAACUCUGAUAAGAGCGACGAGCAUGACUCGACUACUUCUUAGGGUCAUGCCUGAACGCGACUUUUCUGUGGCGGGUUGUUAAUUUUUGUUAUCGCAUUC